UGUGACUGGACACAUUCUUGUAUCUCUGCAUAUUUAUAAUGUACAUGUGUUUAAAUAGGAUUUCCCUGUUCCACAUUUGUACUCCAGAGGAACUGAGAAGGCGAGUGUUGUCUGGACACAUCCUUAGAGUGCGACACCUCAUAUAAUCAUCUAGAAAUUAAAAUUACACCCACGGCAAAAGAGUAACCAUUUUACUUGGAAAAAGAGAAACAGUGAAGCAAUGGCAAAUAAUCCUGAGAGAGCAACUGGACCAUCUGAGGAUGAUGGAUAUAUUAUGGCUGUUGCCCUCCUGUGUGCUACGAAGAGCCCUGAUCCUAGAACAAAGGUCGGUGCAUGCAUUGUAAAUGAGGAAGGAAACACUGUAGGUGUCGGCUAUAACAAAAUGCCCAAUGGCUGUAAGGGCGAGUUUCUGAAAAAGGAGUUUUGGGAAUUUGAAGAUAGAAAUAACAAGAGAAGAAAACACUGGUAUGUUUGCCAUGCGGUGCUGAAUGCCAUCAUGAAUAAAACCUCAGCGGAUGUGAAAGGAUGCACCAUUUACGUCACUCUGUUUCCCUGUAACGAGUGUGCCAAAGCCAUCAUCCAAUCAGGUAUAAGACGUGUGGUUUAUCAAUCAAAUGAAUAUGCAGAGAUAGAGGAAACAAAGGAAACAGAGGCCUCUCUCAAAAUGCUGAAAGCAGCAGGUAUUACACACGGGUCAGUGACACCAGCUGAUGAACAUCAUAUGGCUGUUGCCCGCCAGCAUGCGGAGAAGAGCCCUGAUCCAAGAACAAAGAUUCAGCCUCAGGGGGACCUCCGCCCUACCAAACCACUGAACCCCCCUUUGGAGAAGGAGGUCGGUGCAUGCAUUGUAGAUGAGAAAGGGAACACUGUAGGUCUCGGCUAUAACAAAAUGCCCAAUGGCUGUGAGGACAAGUUUCUGGAAGAGGAGUUUUGGGAACUUAAAGAUAAAAAGGAAAAGAGAAUAAAACAUCGGUAUGUGUGCCAUGCGGAGCUGAAUGCCAUCAUGAACAAAACCUCAAUGGAUGUGAAAGGAUGCACCAUUUACGUCACUCUGUUUCCCUGUAACGAGUGUGCCAAAGUCAUCAUCCAAUCAGGUAUAAGAGGUGUGGUUUAUCUAUCAGAUAAAAAUAAAAAUAAGGGGAAAGAGGAAACAGAGGCAUCUCGCAGAAUGCUGGAAACAGCAGGUAUUACACACAGGUCAGUGACACCAGCUGAUGAACAUCAUAUGGCUGUUGCCCGCCAGCAUGCGGAGAAGAGCCCUGAUCCAAGAACAAAGGUCGGUGCAUGCAUUGUAGAUGAGAAAGGGAACACUGUAGGUGUCGGCUAUAACAAAAUGCCCAAUGGCUGUGAGGACAAGUUUCUGGAAGAGGAGUUUUGGGAACUUAAAGAUGAAAAGGAAAAGAGAAUAAAACACUGGUAUGUGUGCCAUGCGGUGCUGAAUGCCAUCAUGAAUAAAACCUCAGCGGAUGUGAAAGGAUGCACCAUUUACGUCACUCUGUUUCCCUGUAACGAGUGUGCCAAAGCCAUCAUCCAAUCAGGUAUAAGAGGUGUGGUUUAUCUAUCAAAUAAAUAUGCGGAGAGAGAGGAAACAAAGGCAUCUCGCAGAAUGCUGGAAACAGCAGGUAUUACACACAGGCAGUUUGAAUCAAAGGAGGAAAUUUUUGCCUUGCUGAAGUCCACCGAAACCUUGCUGAAGUCCAUCGAUCUCUAUGCUGAGUAAAUCUUCCCGGGACUGUGUUCUUCGCUGCUGAAAUGCUGAAUGUUACUAAAACAUUUAAAAUUCCAUAAAUACUGAAGAAUAAAUCCCAGUAUAUUCGAUAUGAGUUCUAAUUUAGAAUCGGUGAAAACUUUAAAUACUGCAAAGUGAGCAUUUAAAAAAUUUAACUUUUAAUCUUAAGCAAACUCUUACAUUAACUUUUGAUUUAUCUUUUUGGUGGGGGAAUUAAUUUCACUAUACAAGUAUUAGCAAUUUCACAUACUGCUUUCUGUGUUUUCUUUCAAAUUACUGAUUAUUAAUUACUAUGAAUUACUGGAUGUUAAUUUGACAGAAUUGAAUAACCAAAUUGAAUGAACAUUUAAUUAUCCUCAGUGGGUUUACUUUAUUUUACUGUAUGAUAAGAUUAAUCUUUGGGCUGCACCUGUUUCUUUGUUUUUCAUAACACACAGGAUGUUCCAACGAGCACACACAACUCUCAUUGUGUAUUCUUCUGCACCCAAGGUCAACUUUUUUUACUUGGCAGCGCUCUGAACGCCUGUCUCUGUUUCUAUGUAUGUCAUUUAUUUGCCGCUAUGUCUUAAUCAAUUAUAGAAGAAUAUAUGGGUCUGUCUCAGAAACCGGGUACUGUGGGGGACCCCACUAAAUAUACUCAGUCAAUAAGCUAUAUGGUUUUGAAUGGUGAUGUUGGUUUUAAUUUGAAAUAAAAUGAUGAAAGAAAUAAUACAAAUAAAACUAAAUCUCUGAUGUUAAUACUCUAUUCAGAAUUUGGCAAAAAUUCUGCAAAUUUGUAGAAAAAUGGCAGCUUGAUCUGGGACAUAAUAAAUGGUUGACUACAUUGCAUUCCAUUAAAAAGGUUGUAGUCCACUGAAAAG